AGUGAAUGUCAUUCAACGCCGUCGGAGUCAGCGUCGUUCCCAUCCCGCUCAGAAUCCUGCUGCCCACUUAGGCACGCGCCAUUACUCAGUUGGAGAGAUGGCAGGUCUGUGGAGCAGCGUGGGCGUGCUGCUAUGGAAGAACUGGCGCGUGAAGCAGCGCGAGAGCCGCUUUAACCGCGACCGGCUCGGCAAACGCUGGCUGUACCCGGCGCUCGUGACGGACAUCAUCAUCCCGCUGGGGCUUAUCCUGCUGCUUAUCCAGAAAAUGUGCGAAUACAACGCGCAGUUGGUGACGCCCGGCGGAGGAAUCCCGGGCUUCGGGGGCAUGCGGCAUGCCAUGGACGUCGAGAGUGAUGGUAAUUUGUUGCAGACCGAACGAGCUAUGAUGGCACAAGAUGAAAACGACAUGACAGAAGAACUGACGCAAGGAGUGCAACAAGUGAAACACGAAUUUGCGACAUUAUUGCUUGCCGCCUUGCCAUUGCUACUGGCGAAAAGCAACCAAAGUUUGGCAAUUUUGCAACGGCAAGACUCGCAACUGUUUCUGCAACAUCUCAACAGGGAAUAUCCCGCCGCGACUGAGUUGGGCAUCUCCAGUUACGCGGAUAAAACCAAGCUUAUCCCGUUUAACAGCUCUGCGUCGAAUGCAGAGGCCAACCGCGUGAUGUUGGAAUAUCCGAUGAAAAGCGGAUGGAACAUUUAUGCCGGUCUGGAUGUGAGAAGAGCAGAAACUGAAAGUGACGACGAUGUUUCGCACCCAUUGGAAUUGUUAGCACUAUUUUACCAGAAAACCCUCAACGACCCGUCCGAACAAGAACCGGAAGACCAAUUGUCCAAGUUUUUCUCCAAAGACUUGACGUUUAACCGCACGCUGAUGUUCCCCGAUGUUAUGCCGUUCCAAAUGUCGUUGAACAUGUUUAUUCGUGAAAAUUCGACCAAAUUUGUCAAUAACGAGAUCGUGAAUCUCAAUUCGCUGUCUCCGGAUAUUAUCUGCCAAGCUGUGGAUAAAAUGCUGGAUGUUGCCAGUCUUCAAUGGGGAGAUUUUCCAUCAACAUCGCCACUGGGACGAAGUGUGCCGGCAUGCAAAGUUGCAGUGAAAAAAGGAGGUUUAUCGGCUGAACUUCGGUAUUUUCUGGCAAAUCUCAUCGCCAAGGCGAUUUCUGGUGACGAAUUGGAUACUUUGACGGUAUCUGCGCUGCCGAAGCGCCCCGCGAACACUGUUGCUGGCCCACUGGAGGGAAAUAUCGUGUUCUACUUGGCCUAUUUGUUUCUCUGGCCAUACGUGCGAUUGGUACGUGACGUCGUAUCUGAGAAGGAAAAGCAGCUGAAGGAAUAUCUGAUGAUCAUGGGGUUGCCAGCGAUGUCACUUUUGAUCAGUUGGUUUUUACUCUACUUUUUGGCAUCAGCAGUCGUGUCCCUUAUCGGCACAUGGCUACUCAGUGGCAGUAUGUUCGCUGCUACAACUGAUGGAGAAUUUUAUUUCUUCCUGCUUUUAGUGACAUUCGUGUCCAGUAUUCUGCUUUUUGGCAUCGCUAUCACCCCGAUUUUCAACCAAACGAAGACAGCUGCAGCAUGUGCUCCGUUGAUUUACUUCAUCAUGAGCGCUGGAUCGUUUAUUCAAUCGCUGGUGGGCGACGAUGCGGUGGCUUCAAACGAGUCACUAGCGUUGUUACUCUUUGUACUGGAUGGGAUUAGUUCUCCCGUCGUAUUCAUGGGCACAAUGCACGAUAUCUUGGCGUUUGAUGCAGUGACGUUAGAGCACAGAGCAAUCACUUAUCAUACCGUUGCAACACCUAUUCGUCUGAUGGCUACUCAGUGUGCAGGGUACUUGCUACUUGGAUGGUAUUUGGAGAACGUGUUCCCUCGCACACACGGAGUGCAACAGAAGUGGUAUUUCGUCUUCCAGCCGUCCUACUGGUUCCCUAAAAAGGUGGAUUUACAGGGCUCUGAAGAGGAAAACGAAGAAUCCAUGCGACUGACCGACAUGGGACGAGAUAAUAUCAACGAGCAGAUGGACGAUACACUACGUGAGCAAUCCUUACCAGAGUAUUUGGAACAUUUCCGACCCACUUUGUUCGUCCAAUCCUUGUCGAAAACAUAUCCGAACGGGAAAGUGGCGUUGAGGAACGUAUCAUUUGGAGUACGUAAAGGAGAGAUUUUCGGACUUUUGGGUCCGAACGGUGCUGGAAAGAGCACGACGUUGUCGAUUUUGAGUGGAAUUUUAUCCCCUACGAGUGGCGAUGCGUAUGUGGGUGGAUCUAUCAGCGUGGCGAACAACCCACAAGCAGUUCGGACCAGUCUGAGUGUGUGUUUCCAGCAGAAUAUUCUGUUCGACAGCUUGACUGUAUGGGAGCAUUUGUCACUGGUCUGUGCACUUAAAGCCACUAUGGGUGUUAAAACGGUGCCGGAACAAACCUGGUACAGUAAAUUACAGCAAUUCGGACUGGAUGAGAAGCGUGAUGCACUAGCGAAGACUCUUUCAGGAGGUCAGAAACGUAAGUUAUCUCUCGUAUUGUCACUUUUGGACUCCUCUCGCGUCUUGUUGCUGGAUGAACCAACGGCUGGUAUGGACAUGAAGGCGCGGUUAGACACGUGGGACGCUCUAAAGCGUGCUGUAACACAUCGAGCGGUGAUCUUAACGACACAUUCGAUGCAGGAAGCACAGGCUUUGUGUGAAAAUAUCGGCAUUGUGGCGGAAGGAAAGCUGAAAUGUUGCGGCUCCAGUUUGUUCCUUCGCAAUCGCUUUGGCGUGGGCUAUAAACUCACGGUUGUGCAUCAUGAGGAUGACCAAGAGAGUGAGUCUAGACGAUCGCAACGUGAAGCGUGGGCGGAUCUUUUGAUGUCCAUGUUGAGGAAAUACGUCCCGAAUGCUGCGAUUGUGAGUGACAACAAGUGGGAAACGCGUGUACAACUGAAUGAUGGCGAAGAAAAACGUUUUGCCGAGUUGUUUAGAGAACUGGAGACGAUGAAGAAGAACGGAAUUAUCAAACGAUACGCCAUCGCAGCGACUGACUUGGAAGAUGUGUUUGUCAAAGUGACAGAGGGAGAGGACGUGUAUUACCACGCAAAAGACGACGUGGAGGACGAUACAACUGACAAUCCAGACCCUGUACGUUCGAAGAUGGAGGAUGAGAAGGUCAAGAAAAUGGAUCUGCGAACUACCGGUAUUGACCGCAAACUGCCUGGAUGGAAACACUCGGUGUCUCAACUUCGUGCGCUUAUUAUCAAGCGUAUGAAGAUGUCUUAUCGUGACAAAAAGUCGUUAUUUGCUCAGUACGUGUGGCCGAUUGGCUUCUUCGCGAUCAUGAUGGCAGUUCUUCAGCAAAUGCUCGACUCUCGUGGAUCUAUCGAGACAAUAUCAACGUUGUCUCCAGCUGCUACAGACGCGUCCUUCUUCAUCUCUUCUGCAUCAUCCAUGACCGAUUCAGUGGCGGAUUUAGUCGCGCAAUUGGAGCAAAAUUCGCACCCGAUUAUGUUUGAUAAGAGCACUACCACCGAACAGGAGAUGCUGGAUGCCAUUGCACGUGAGAAUUCGACCACGUUUUUCGCUGGAAUCUUCGUAUCGAACGUGAACUGGACAGCUGACAACACUAUUACGAUUCCAGUGAUGUCGUAUUCACUCUACUACAACGAAACAGUGCGUCGCGCUCUGCCCGUGACGUUGCAGUGGAUAUCCCAAGCAUAUUGCAAGGCUCGCUCUAUCCACGAAAACUCCCCUGGAAUUGACAAUUGCGACCUGGUAGUGAAGCGCGGAAUAUUCCCGAUUGAGCUUGAGAUUGGUACCGGAGUGACUAGCGACGAGGAGGACGGCGUAUCGUUGGAUCCUGAUGAAGCAGUGAACGUUGUACGACGUAUCAUGGUGGCGUUCUACCUGUUAAUGACGAUGAGUUCGGUGGUCGGAUUCUACGUGGCGCCGGUCGUAAGAGAGAAGGAAAGCGGCUUGAAGCGGAUACAGUACCAGCAUCUAGAGACUGCCAACGCGUCAUCUUUGUAUUGGCUUUCCAACUUCCUGUUCGACUACAUGGUAUACACGUCAGCGACCAUCACUAUUUGCAUCAUUCUCUCCAUCUUCUCGGGCUGUUUAACCGCCGAAAUCAUCGCAGCAUGGUUUGCUUCGAUGGCCAUUUUCGGGCUGUCGAUUCUCCCGGCGCAGUAUUUGAGUUCCCUGGUCUUCGCGUCGCACUCUUCAGCGCAGUCGUACAUGUCGUAUCUCUCGUUAUUCCAGAUCAUGGCGGCGUCGAUCGUGUUUGCGUUGUCCAUGGUCCCUGGUUUGUGUGCCCAGGUGGACUUUGUCACGUACUUUUUGCAGUUUUUACCGCUGUAUUCGUUCAGUACUGCAGUGCUGAACAUCGUGACGGUGUCUUGGGCUCCCAUGCGACGGCAGUGUCUUGAAGUGGGUGGAGAUAUUGAGACGGGCAACCCUUUUGCCAUGCUAGAAGGGCUCAUCGGACAACCGAAGGUGUCGGUGUGGGCGUGGGAAGUGACUGGAAGCUGUUGGUUUGCUCUGGUGGUGUCAGGAGUGUUGUAUACGGUGCUACUGUUGAUCAUGGACCAGUAUCAGAUGUACCCUACGUUGAUGGAACACAAAAUGCAGCACAAAUUACGCUGGAUACGACGCCUUUUACCGUGCCGUAGUAGCAGUCAGGGGUACACGGAAGCUGACCAAAGUCCUGCCGCUUUUGACGAAGAAAGUCCCAAUUCCGAUAUGGUGCGUGUGGUUCGAGUUUCGCAGGUUUUCAACCCUCGAAAGAAGACACAAGAAGAAGAGCAAGAAGCUGCUGCAAUGUUGAAUGAAAGUGGCCAAGUGGUGGCUCUAAAUGAUGUCAGCUUCUCAGUGGAGAAACGUGAUUGUGUGGCGCUUUUGGGUGUCAAUGGCUCGGGUAAAUCGACGAUGUUUGAGAUCUUAACGGCUGGAAUUGCACCCACAAGUGGCAAAGCGUUGAUCGACUCGUGUGACGUGACUGUGCAGCCUCGAGAAGCCAGCGUUAGAUACGGCUACUGCUCACAAGGCAACCAUUACUUUAACGACCUGAGUGUCCGUGAACACCUCGAACUCUUCUACCGUCUGCGAUGUAGUCGCAGCAACGCGUUGAUGUCAGAAGGUGUAGUGAUUGAUGAGCUUAUGCGACGUCUGGAUCUGUUCCCGGUCGAGAAUACUGCAGCUUCACACUUGAGUGGGGGCAACAAGAGGAGACUUAUGUUGGCAUUGGCGCUACUGAGUGACCACACGUCGUUGUUGCUGCUGGAUGAACCUUCCGCUGGUGUAGAUGUGGUGGCUAGACGACUGAUGUGGCGUGUUCUUCAUGAGAAGAGACAGAGUCAUAACCGUACGAGUUGUUUGUUCACUACGCACAGUAUGGAGGAGGCUGAAGCGGUUUGUGCGAAUGCUGUGGUGCUCUUUAAGGGGAAAGUGGUGUGGUGUGGCAGUAUUCCAGACUUGAAGCAGCGUGUGUCGAGAGGAAUUUCCAUUAGCGUGCGACUGGAUAGCUCCUCUAUUUGGAGUACUGCAGAGAUACAGAACUACACAGAGCAGAUCCGACGUUCGAUCAAAGAUAGACCGACAACGAGUGCUCGUAGAGAAGGAUUGGAGAGGAAUAGUAUUCCAUUACGGGAGUUGGAGGAUGCCUGGGAAUUGUGUCAUAACCUGUUCCACAAGAACGGAGAUGCGGCUACUGCUGCGGUUUCUCGACAGCAUGGAAAAACGUGGUUGGCAGGACUUCGAUCUCGUUUUGAGUCGGAUGAGAACGAAGUGACUCCUAAUAAGGAGUCCAAGACGGAGCCGGCUAUACCGAUUGUCGAGUUCGUACAGGAGUGGCUCUUGCAGGAAGCCUUUGCUUGUCUUGAGACGAAGCUCUUUAAGGACCAGGUUACUUCGAGAUCCGGUGAGUCUGUGGUGUCUGCUGAGCUCGAAACUGCGCGUGGAAGUGGUAGUAAUACGAGUGGAGUGUAUGAAACCUCGUGCACUGACAACUUCGGACUGGCGGAUGUGUUCGCGCUUAUGGAGGAGAACAAGAAGCGCUUCCACAUCGCGCAGUACAGUGUCAGCGAGUUGUCGCUAGAGCGCGUGUUCGAACAGUUCACGGGCUAAUCUCGUGCAUUAUUCAAAUAGAUUGGGCAGAUUUAUCAAAUGUUUGUUUUUAUCCAUAUUAUUUACUCGACAAAACAUUGA